CGCCCCCGGCGCCCCCACCUCCAGGCCGCUCUUCGAUUCGGAUCCUGCGAAUCGUUUUGGCCGUAUCUUCAUGUAGGACCUACUACCUUUCCCGCCCGCCGCGGUGACUCUCACCUGCCGUGCUUUAACUUGUGCAACAGAGACGCUGCCCCUGGGAGAGGCGGGGAAGGACGGGUUAACUGGAGAGUGGGGCGCGGGUUGGGCUUCAUCAUCAGGCCUCCUCACCAGCUCCUGUCCCUUCUUUUGUGUCCUGGACUCCGGAUACCUCGACUCUCAGUACUUUGUGCUCAGCCCAGACUCAGAGCCAUGGCUGUCUCCUCUUCCUCCUGGGAACUACCCCUGGUGGCUGUGUGCCAGGUAACAUCGACACCAGACAAGAAACAGAACUUUAUAACAUGUGCUGAGCUGAUUCGGGAGGCUGCCAGACUGGGCGCUUGCCUGGCUUUCCUGCCUGAGGCAUUUGACUUCAUUGCACGGAACCCUGAAGAGACGCUUCACCUGUCUGAGCCACUGGGUGGGAACCUUUUGGGAGAAUAUACCCAGCUUGCCAGGGAAUGUGGACUCUGGCUGUCCUUGGGUGGUUUCCAUGAGCGUGGCCAAGACUGGGAGCAGACUCAGAAAAUCUACAAUUGUCAUGUGAUUCUGAACAACAAGGGGUCAGUAGUGGCCACGUAUAGGAAGACGCAUCUGUGUGACGUAGAGAUUCCAGGGCAGGGGCCUAUGCAUGAAAGCAACUCUACCAUACCUGGGCCCAGUCUUGAGUCUCCUAUCAGCACACCAGCAGGCAAGAUUGGUCUAGCUAUCUGCUAUGACAUGCGGUUCCCUGAACUCUCUCUGGCAUUGGUUCAGGCUGGAGCAGAAAUACUUACCUACCCUUCAGCAUUUGGAUCUGUUACAGGCCCAGCCCAUUGGGAGGUGUUGCUGCGGGCCCGUGCCAUUGAAAGCCAGUGCUAUGUAGUGGCGGCAGCACAGUGUGGACGCCACCAUGAGAAGAGAGCAAGUUAUGGCCAUAGCAUGGUGGUAGAUCCCUGGGGAACAGUGGUGGCCCGCUGCUCUGAAGGACCAGGCCUCUGCCUUGCCCGAAUUGACCUCAAUUAUCUGCGACGGUUGCGCCAACACCUGCCUGUGUUCCAGCACCGUAGGCCUGAACUCUAUGGCCAUCUGGGUCACCCACUGUCUUAAGACUUUUGACUUCUGUCCGUUGAGACCCCCAUUGUGAGCUGGUGUUGCUGUGACUUGUAGGCAGGACCCAGGUGCAGCUCCCCUCACUUGGAGAACCUUGUCUCUCUUGCUGGAACACAGGCUCAGCUUCUUAGGAAAGAAGAAACUUUCACCUGAGCUCAGAUUUCAAUUUCAGAAAGGUGGAAUUUUAUAUAGUCACUGUUUAUUUCAUGAAAACUGAAGUUAUGCUGAGGGCUGAGCAGCACUGGCAAUGAAAAAAAUAUAAUAAUCAUAAAGUC